AAAUGUCAUGGCAUGGCUUAACUUAUGCACGUGUUAAUUUGCAUUUGUAAGGUUUACUUUUCACUCUCAUGUAAAUUAAUUUUAUCAAAAUGUUAAACCCCAAUAAAUUGGGAGACGAUCUCCCAGGUUUUGAAGCACCAUCUGCUGACAAUUGUGCUGAAACAGAAGUUCAUAGUAACAAAAAGAAAAAAAAGGGUUCAGGUGGCUUUCAGUCCAUGGGGUUCUGUUUUCCUGUUUUGAAAGGUAUAACAAAAAGAGGAUACAAGCAACCAACUCCAAUUCAAAGAAAGACAAUUCCACUAGCUCUGGAAGGCAAAGAUGUUGUUGCUAUGGCACGUACAGGAUCUGGCAAAACUGCUUGUUUUGUGCUACCAAUACUUGAAAAACUUUGUGCACCUGCAAACAAACCUUUGCCAGGGAAGAAUUUUAGAGCUCUCAUCUUAUCUCCUACUAGAGAACUGGCCUUACAGACUUUACGAUUCAUAAGAGAAUUGGGCAAAUUCACUGGACUCACAUCAGCUGCAAUACUCGGAGGAGAGUCUAUUGAACAACAAUUCAGUGUGAUGUCUGGCACAGCUCCUGAUAUUGUUGUUGCAACUCCUGGAAGAUUCUUACACAUUUGCAUUGAAAUGAACUUAAAGCUUGACAAUAUAAAGAUGAUGGUGUUCGAUGAAGCUGAUAGACUAUUUGAACUUGGCUUUGGUGAACAAUUACAAGAAAUAGUAUCACGGUUGCCAUCUAACCGUCAAACAUUGCUGUUCUCAGCAACCCUACCAAAAAUGUUAGUGGAAUUUGCCAGAGCUGGUUUAUCUGAUCCAGCACUGAUCCGAUUAGAUGUUGAUUGGAAGCUGCCAUCAACACUGUGGCUUGGUUGGAUAUCUGUGAGAGCAGAGUUGAAAACUGCAGCCUUGUUACUGUUAUUAGAUAAAGUUCUAACUCCUAAAACUCCACAAGCUGUAGUGUUUGCUGCAACGAAACACCAUGUUGAAUAUUUACAUCUGGUCCUUCAACAAGCAGGUAUAUCAUCAACUUAUGCAUAUUCAGGCUUAGACUCAUCUGCAAGAAAAAUAGCACUUGGUCGUUUUACAAACAAGAAAUGCUCUGUUCUGAUUGUAACGGAUGUUGCCGCAAGAGGUCUUGACCUACCAUCAUUGGACACAGUCAUCAACUACAAUUUCCCAGCCAAACCCAAGUUGUUUGUGCAUAGAGUAGGUCGUAGUGCGCGUGCGGGACGAGCGGGACGUGCAUGGUCCCUAGUAGCUGCUGAUGAUCUGCCACAUCUGCUUGACCUGCAGCUGUUCCUAGGCACCGAUCUCAUACUUCCCGCACAGGUGAGCGAAGGUGGCGAGCGUUGUAUAAGCGGUGUAUGGGGCGCAUUAUCAUCCGCUGCCAUAGAACUGAGGCAUCAGGACGUCACCGCAUGGGAGAGAGACAGAGCUGAUAUUGAGGAAGCAGCUCGAACAUGUUCCCGCGCAUGGCAACAGUACCUCAAGUACCGAGAGCCAGCAUCAGCUGAGGCCAACAAGCGGGCAAAGACUAUCACACCGCCCAUUCAACUACACCCCUACCUGCACGAUCAUACUACGCAGAACUCGGACGCACUCGUCGAACAAAUCAAGAACUACAAGCCUAAAGGGACAAUAUUGGAACUUGCAGCUAAGAAUGAUUCACCCAUGUAUUUGGCGAUGAAAGCGAAAAAACAAGCUCACGGCAAAACUGUACAGAAAAUAAGAGACAUGAAGAAGCUCCAGGCUGAAGGAAAACUAUUGGACAUGCAUUUAGACGGUACGUCGAAGAAAAAGAAGAGAAAUAUUGUUCGUGACGAGAAUUAUAUUCCUCACGAGGCCAGCGACCAACACACUGAAACCGGGAUGGCAGUGAACUUGAGCACGGGCGCGUCCUCGGCGGAACUAGAGUUGAACGCGGACUGUUGGACGGAGGCGCGCGCGGCCGCCACGCGUGCGCGCUGGGACAGAGUACGGAAGAAAAUGGUCCACACGGACCCGGACGGUGGUCGCAAGAUGAUCAGGACCGAGAGUGGGGCGCGUGUGCCAGCCUCAUUCCGUAGCGGGCGGUACGAUGAAUGGCGCAAGCGGAACGCGCAAUACGAACAGACAGACACGGAACAACAACACAAUAACCACAACAAACACGUGUCAGAAUUCCGUCCACAUUGGGUGAAACACAACGAACGCAUUGCCAAGGAUAAAGCAGAGGCAUCAUCAAAAGAAUUCAGGAACAAACAGCAAAUAGUAAAGGAACGUCUGAGGAAGGAGAAGAUCAAACAAAAACUAAAACACAAAAUGAAAUCCAAGAAAAAGAAAAAGAAAUAGUGUGCAAUAAAAAGUUGUAUAAUC